CUCUUGAGUCGAAAGACAGGGCACGGAGGGAGGGAAGAGAGAGAUCGAGAGACUGUUGCAGUAGAGAGGCGCAGCAGAGGAGAGAAGAAGGAGAAAAAGAAGCGGACGAUAUUCGACACAGCUGGUUGGAGCUAUAGUUAUAACCUGUUAUAAAGUAAAUGGCAGAUGAAAGCUAUCUGAAAACAUGGGUCUCAGACAAAUUGAUCUCGCUGAUGGGUUACUCGCAGCCUGCAGUUGUCAAGUUUGUUAUUGGGUUAUCCAAGACAUCAUCUUCGCCUGCUGAUGUCGUAGGCAAGCUUGUAGAGUAUGGAUUUUCUUCAUCUGCAGAAACACGCUUGUUUGCUGAAGAGAUUUUUGCUCGAGUGCCGCGUAAAGCUUCUGGUUUAAAUAGUUAUCAGAAGGAGGAAAAAGAAGCAGCAAUGUUGGUGAAGAAGCAAAAGAGUUAUGCUAUCUUAGAUGCUGAUGAUGAUGAUGAGGAUGCCGGUGGCAGAGUUUCUCCUGUUGUUGUGCAAUCAAAGAAAGCAGUAUCCCGUCAAAAGCACUUUCGGAGGAAGAAUGAAAACCAAGAAAGCGAAGAUGAAGAGGUGAUUGCACAAGGAGAAAAAGAAAGACGAGUUCGAAGACGCACAUCUGUAGAAGAUAAUGAUGAUGAUGUGGAGUCUGAGGAAGCUAGGAUACGCGACCAGGAAGAACGAGCACAGUUAGAGAGGAAUAUUAGAGAAAGAGAUGCGGCUGGAACACGAAAGUUGACAGAGCGAAAGUUAUCACGUGAGGAGGAAGAGGAGGCGAUUCGAAGAUCUAAAGCUUUGGAGGACAAUGACACUUCAACUCUAAGGAAGGUUUCAAGGCAAGAAUAUCUAAAGAAAAGGGAGCAAAAGAAGUUAGACGAGCUGAGGGAUGACAUAGAAGACGAGCAAUAUCUGUUUGGGGAUGUUAAACUGACUGAAGCAGAAAUUCGUGAGAUGAGGUACAAGAAAGAAAUAUAUGAGCUUGCAAAGAAGAGGUUAGAAGAGGUGGAUGAUAUUAAUGAGUACAGGAUGCCUGAAGCCUACGAUCAAGAUGGGGGUGUAAAUCAGGAGAAGCGAUUUGCUGCAGCAUUGCAGCGCUACAGUUUUAAGCUGUUUGCCUUGUCUAGGGACACUGGCGCUGGAGAUAAGAUGAAUCCAUUUGCGGAACAAGAGGCAUGGGAAGAGCAUCAGAUUGGCAAAGCAACCCUUAAGUUCGGUUCAAAAGAUAAAAACCAAAAAUCGGAUGAUUAUCAGUAUGUGUUUGAAGACCAGAUUGAGUUUGUAAAGGCAUCUGUGAUGGAUGGUGUCAAGUAUGAAGAUGAAUUGCCAGGAGACGCGGCUGAGGAUUCGAUCGGGAAAUCAGCAUUACAGAAACUUCAGGAUGAUAGGAAAACACUGCCAAUCUAUCCAUAUCGAGAUGAACUACUCCAGGCCAUUAAUGAUCACCAGGUUCUUGUAAUUGUUGGAGAAACUGGUUCAGGAAAGACUACUCAGAUACCCCAGUAUCUUCAUGAAGCUGGGUACACAAAACGAGGGAAGAUUGGAUGCACCCAGCCACGCCGUGUUGCAGCAAUGAGCGUUGCUGCACGAGUUUCCCAGGAGAUGGGUGUUAAACUUGGUCAUGAGGUUGGUUAUUCUAUUCGAUUUGAAGAUUGCACUUCAGACAAGACAGUUCUAAAAUACAUGACAGAUGGAAUGCUGUUGAGGGAAUUCCUUGGGGAGCCUGAUCUAGCCAGCUAUAGUGUGGUGAUGGUGGACGAGGCACAUGAGAGAACGCUUACAACUGAUAUUUUAUUUGGUUUAGUAAAGGACAUUGCUAGAUUUCGAACUGAUCUGAAGUUGCUUAUUUCAAGUGCAACUCUGGAUGCCGAAAAAUUUAGUGACUACUUUGACUCAGCCCCAAUUUUUAAAAUUCCAGGAAGGCGAUUUCCUGUUGAUAUACAUUUUACAAAAGCACCGGAGGCAGAUUACUUGGAUGCUGCAAUCGUCACUGUUCUUCAGAUACAUGUGACCCAACCACCUGGUGAUAUUCUAGUAUUCCUCACAGGGCAGGAGGAGAUUGAAACGGCAGAAGAAAUUAUGAAACACAGGACGCGGGGAUUAGGAACAAAAAUCGCUGAACUAAUAAUAUGCCCUAUAUAUGCUAAUCUCCCCACUGAGCUUCAAUCUAAGAUUUUCGAACCUACUCCUGAAGGGGCUCGGAAAGUUGUCUUGGCAACAAACAUUGCAGAAACAUCACUGACAAUCGAUGGGAUUAGAUAUGUUAUUGAUCCUGGAUUCUGUAAGAUGAAAUCGUAUAAUCCACGGACUGGCAUGGAGUCUUUACUCAUUAAUCCCAUAUCGAAAGCGUCCGCAAUGCAAAGAGCAGGUAGAUCAGGGCGUACAGGCCCUGGGAAAUGCUUCCGUUUGUAUACUGCCUAUAACUAUCACAAUGAUCUGGAAGAUAAUGCUGUUCCGGAGAUACAGAGGACAAACCUUGCCAAUGUUGUUCUUAUUCUUAAGAGCCUUGGCAUUAAUGACUUGGUGAAUUUUGAUUUCAUGGAUCCACCUCCAGCUGAGGCGUUAAUUAAAGCUCUUGAGCUGCUCUUUGCACUUAGUGCACUGAACAGUGUAGGAGAGCUGACAAAGGUGGGUAGAAGGAUGGCUGAGUUUCCUCUUGAUCCUAUGCUUUCUAAGAUGAUAGUUGCUUCGGACAAGUACAAAUGUGCUGAGGAGGUUAUUUCGAUUGCUGCUAUGCUGUCUGUUGGCAAUUCAAUCUUUUACCGUCCAAAGGAUAAACAGGUACACGCAGACAAUGCAAGGAUGAAUUUUCACACUGGGAAUGUUGGAGACCAUAUAGCAUUGCUUAAGGUCUAUAAUUCUUGGAAAGAAACCAACUUCUCAACUCAAUGGUGCUAUGAAAAUUAUAUUCAGGUCCGGAGUAUGAAACGAGCUAGAGAUGUUAGAGACCAGUUGGAGGGGCUAUUGGAGAGGGUUGAAAUUGAGCUUUCGUCGAAUCCCAACGAUUUGGAACCAAUAAAGAAGGCCAUAACAUCAGGCUUCUUCCCCCAUUCAGCCAGAUUGCAAAAGAGUGGAGCAUACCGAACUGUUAAAAACCCGCAAACCGUGCAUAUACAUCCUAGUUCUGGUCUGGCACAGGUACUCCCUAGAUGGGUUGUUUACCAUGAGCUAGUGCUUACAACGAAAGAAUACAUGCGCCAGGUUACAGAAUUGAAACCUGAGUGGUUGGUGGAAAUUGCCCCUCACUAUUACCAGUUGAAAGAUGUAGAAGACACUGGAUCAAAGAAAAUGCCUCGUGGGCAAGGACGAGCAAUUAUGGACCAGUAAUCGUUUUAGAAGGGAAACCAUUUUGGGUUUUGAAGGAGAGGUGGAGAUGGUGUUGCUGAUAGGAUGAAGAAACUGUAAUUGUAUGUUGUAUAUUACUUGAGUAGAAAAGGCUCCUUUCCUCUUAUUGUCCUUUUCUUCUUCUUUUCUUAAAAUUAAUAUUCACCUUGUAUAUAUCAUGGAUAGUUGCAAUUUUCAUCGCAGCAAUAAGGUAGAUGAUUUUUUAGUGUGACCCACCAAA